GAGGAGGAGGGAGGAGAGGGAAGGAGGGGAAAGAAGGGAAGACAAAAGAUUCAUAAAACUAAAGCAGUUGUGGACGACAGCAAAAGUUCUCGUAAAGCUAACCUCUUACAAGUUGAAGGAAUGGGCAGCUUUCCAGUGGUCCUGCUCCUCUGCAGUUUCCACGCGCUCACAGCUGUAGCCCAAACCCAGCAGGAUGAGAGCACUGAGGCACCUGCAGGCACCUUGCCAGCAAACUGUAGGGAGGAGAUGUAUCCUUGCACCAGGAUGUACUCAGUUCACCGGCCCAUCAAGAGAUGUAUUGGUGGUCUUUGUCUCUACAGCCUUCCUCGUGUCUAUGUGAUCAACAAUGAGAUCUGCAUGAGGACAGUAUGCCAGCAGGAUGAGUUUCUGAAAGCCGAACUGUGCAGAGAGUUGUCCGGGUGGCCCAGGCGUGUCGAGAGGUCAUCUAAUAGGAAACGCUGUCGCAAUCGCCGUAGCAACCCCAAAACCUGGGCAAACAAGGCCUGAUGUGGCCACCGGUGAGGAUGGAGCCCCUCAGAGACCAAAACCAGAAGCGUUGUCAUAAAAACAGCCCAUAACACCAUAAAUCCACCACUCAACACCUGGGGGUCUCGUUCUUUCUCUUUCACACAUACACACAAGUGAGCUGAGUCAUAUCUAUCUUUAUGUAUUAGUCUUUUGUGUGUGAACGCUGAACGUGUGCUCAUUUCGUCUGUGUGUUGUUAGACACAGAUCAUGUCUUCCAUGGUUUACGACCCAUUUAAGGUACUGUAGUAAUGGGCCUAUAGCAGCACUGAGUCAUUUCAUUGUACAAAGAAAGACCCACUCUGUUUUGGAUUGUAAGGUACUCAUUCACAAUCCCGUAUUACGUGCACUAUUGUAUCCAAGAAAAUAAAACUACAUUUGUUCACAAGUUAA